AUGCGCCAGCUUGCUGACGAAGCAGACGUGUACCCUUCUGCAGGCGGAGGCCACCUGCUGCAGCUUAUUAGGAGCAAGUACACGUACAAGUUCAAGAAAGCGGCACCCUUGCCAGGCUUGAUCUACUGGAAACCCACCACCCCGGGCCUCCGCCAUAAAAUUACCAUCGACUACGAGUCGCUGGGUGUCUACACUGGCCCGCCCACAGCGGCGCUGUCACGCCGUGUCGGCAAGACUGGCGGCCGCAACAACACGGGCCGCAUCACGACACGCCACCGCGGUGGCGGCCCGCCCAAGGUGCUUCGAGAGGUGGAGUUCGACCGCCGCAAGCUGGACGGGCUUCCCGGCACGGUACAGCGGGUGGAACUGGACCCCAAUCGAUCUGGGUUCCUCGUGUUGGUCAAAUACUCGCCAGAGGGCGAGCUUCCAUUCCUGCGCUAUCACCUUGCACCGGCGGAGCUCAAGCCCGGGGAUGUGAUCAUGUCCGGCCCUGGCGCCCCGGUGAAGCCUGGCAACGAACUACCUUUGCGGGAGAUUCCCAUCGGGGUGCCCAUCCAUGGCCUGGAGCUCAAACCCGGAGACGGCGCGCGGCUGGCCCGUGCCGCAUCCACGAAUGCGGUCAUCCAGAGCAAACAGGAGCACUAUGCCGUGGUGAAGCUGCCGUCGACCGAGAUCCGGCUGAUCCACCUGGACUGCCGUGCUACGGUCGGCCUCGUGAGUAACCACCUGCAGAAUCUGGUCAAUCUGGGUAAGGCGGGAGAACGGCGUAAGCGCGGCUGGCGGCCCAGCGUACGCGGCAUUGCAAUGAACCCCGUCGAUCACCCGCACGGCGGCCGCACCAAUGGAGGUCGGCCUUCAUGCACGCCAUGGGGCGUAUACACCAAGGGCACGCGCACGCGGCGGCGCAACAAGGGCUCUAACCGGUUCAUUUUGGUGCGCAAGGGCGGACAGCUGAUUGAGAAAUUCGUUCAGGCGCGCAAGUGGCGCGCACGGUUGAAGCUAGAGAAGCUUAAGGAGUCUGGAGGGGGCGGGGCACGGAAGGCAGCUGCAUCCACUGGGACCCAGCGAUGA